GUCAGGGCCGGGUCAUGCGAGGUGCAAACAAGCAGUUUUAUGGGCGCACUGGUGGCUAGCUGACGCGCCCUCGGUUCACGUCGUUCGGUACCUGACGGAUUCCCAUGUCGUCUUAUGCAGGGACCGCCCGGAGGCCUUCCUUCUUUGCUGCAUCUGCCCCUCAUCGUCUCCUCAGUGUUCGCCAUACAUACAUACAGCCUCCAAUGCUGACGGAGAGACUCUGACCUCUCAGGCAAGUCGCUGUCUCGACACUCCUGUACCAUGACGUCUUUAGGCGCCACGCCCCUCGCACGAAUUCCGGAUCAUGUCUGCACCGACACCAAACCCCAAAUGGCUUUGGUUCCUGCCCGAUUGGCUCGGCGACGGAAGUCAUGAUGUUAGUCGCUAGAUCGAGCAGUUCCUCUUGGAUUCACACCCACCAAACUCCCAGCCUGCUACGAUACUCCACUCUGCCUUUGUACCGCUCUUUUCUGCCUGCACUGCCCUACCGCCAUGCCUAUCCGUAACCCUUUCCGCCGCGCUGGUGCGCCUGACCAGGCUGAUGACGCCCAACGGAACGCCCCGGAGAACGACUUCAAGACCGCAACUGUCUCGGGAGCCACGCCCUUGAAGCUGAAGGAUCCAGCAGAAUACAAAUUGAGUGAGAUCAACGAUAGCGGCGUGUACUUGCCGCCCUCACCACACCACGAGAAGCCAACGUUCUGGCACACCAAGUCCAACGUCUCGACAACCUCAUCGAACCACCGGAGCCUUCUUGCCGAAAAUGAGCCCUUUAGCAUUUCGCGCGAAAGUUUUGAUUCGUACCGGAGAUCAUUUGACAUCUCCGCGCGCUCGCCAAUCACUGACAGUGUCCACGAGACGUAUCCUCGCCAAUCGCUCGACGCGCGCAGAUCCAUAGACACGCGGCGCUCUUUUGACGCCCGUCGCUCACGCGCCACACCCCGCUCAUCCAUGCAACAAGGCCGCCCUAGCGAAAGCCAUGAUCAGGUACCCGAGGAGGGCUUUGAGGAUGUGGGGCUGAAUGACGAGCCUAAGCCCCAGCCCAAAAAGCGCGGCAUCUUCUCCCGCUUUGGCGACAACAACCACUCCAAUGACCGCACCGAAGAGCGUCCUACCUCGAGUCACCACUUUUCCCUAACAGGUCGCAAGAGGGCGGAAAGCGGAGCCGGGUCUGAGCUCAAGCCCAUGCCUAAACCUGCCCCAGAAAUGGCUGUCGAGUCGCGGUGAAUAAUAUGCAUCAUAUCGAGCACACGAAUUUUGACGGCAGUGUUUUUCUUUCUCUUUAAAUGUAGUAGUAUGUGAGUUUUUUUUUUCAGCGCCCGAGGAUGCUUUGAUUUUGAUCAGCAACCUCUUGGUCAUGUUGAUAAUACCCUAAUGGAAAGGGGAAUUUGGCAUCCGUGGCGUUUUUUUGGACACAGACAUGGAUUGUGUCACUACAAUGGUCAACCAAGUUGCAAUCGUUUUUGCAUAUUCAUGAGCAGCUGGAGGAUAAGUGCGGUUUGCUGUAAAUAUGUAAAUGCAAGGUUCAAGCCGCGUAAUAUGUAUUCCGUGCUUAUUGGGAUCGCUCACAUAAGAUUGUGGAGACUGUGGAGGUCGGUACUGGAGUUUCCCGUAUCCCCCCCCCCUUUGCACCGUUACACGAGAAUACGUAAUAGCCAAC